UAUUGUCAUUGUCGGAUUCAUUUACAUGCAGUUUAUGAAAAAGUUUGUUCUGAAGCAGCAUAUAUGUGAAAGUUUUGUUCAUUAAAGUUUGAUUCUUCAUGCGAUGCGUCGGUUGUAUUGGUUCGUAUGGGGAGAGCGACGAGACGUGGCAACGCCGCGUACGGUGUAAUUUCGUGAGGGUCCAAAAAUGACAAGCUCUUGCGAGUAGACCAACCGAAGCAGUCUCCGGCGUUUGGUUUGGAGUGUUAGCAAGGGUGGAAACGACACGGUGCCCCUAUUUCCAGUCCAGGAUUGGAGGUUCCGCUGUUAUUCCUAUUUGAUUUUCGGUUUUGCCGUGCCGCCGGGAGUUGUGCCGCGGGGUGCGUCGAGGAGUUCGCUACCUCUGGAUGGUUUCUGGGGCCGAUGGGAAGACGAUGUCCAGCCUGAAAAUCGUGUAGAGAGCAUGAUUGUCGGCUGCUAGUGCUUGCAAAUCACAGCCCGCCGCGACCAACCCUUAACCCAGGUUCAAAGUGCACGGUGCGUCUAAUAUCGGGGUGGUCAUGCUGGAGACGAGGUCGAUGCGUGGAACACCAGAAGCGAGCGCUUGGCAAAACAAAGGCAACUUUACCGUCAAACCCCCGCCCCACCAGAUGCCCAUGGCAACGCCCGUCAGACAUGGCAAAACGAGCCAGGACGACGUGUGUUACGUGGUCGCCAAGUACGACUACGCGGCGCAGGGUGCUCAGGAGUUGGAUCUACGCAAGAACGAGCGAUACCAGCUGCUCGAUGACUCCAAGCAUUGGUGGAGGGUGCAGAAUAGUCGCAGCCAAUCCGGCUAUGUUCCCAGCAACUAUGUCAAAAAGGAGAAACCAUCCCUCUUUGAUAGUAUCAAAAAGAAGAGGUUUGAGACGAUUUCGUGGUUGCAGGUAAAAAAAGGGUCCGGUUCGAAGACGUUGCCAUCGAACAACUCUCCAUCUCGUACCGUAGAAUCUCCCAGCAUGGCCAGGCGGUUGCCCGCCGAUCCGUCCGAAGCCAUCGGCCUCGCCGUCGUCAAAUACAACUACGAAGCCCAGCAAGCUGACGAGCUGUCCUUAGUCAAAGGUUCAAGAAUACUCAUUUUGGAGAAGAGUAAUGAUGGUUGGUGGCGGGGACAGAGUGGUAACAUGGCCGGAUGGUUCCCAUCGAAUUACACCCAAGAGGAUGGAAACGAUGACGACACGCUUCACACGUACGCUAUGGCCGAGAACGUACUUGACAUCGUCGUCGCCCUCUACUCGUUCUCCUCGACGAGCGACCAGGAGUUGAGCUUCGAGAAGGGCGAUCGACUCGAGAUCCUGGAGAGACCGGCCAGCGAUCCAGAAUGGUACCGGGCCAGGAACGCCACCGGGUUGAUCGGACUGGUGCCAAGAAACUACCUGCAGGAGCUGUCUGAGUACCUGACGCAGCCGUACACGGAUCGGAGAACGGUCGAAAACGCAGUGCAGCAGCAGCAACAGCAGCAAGAAAGCGGAGAGAGGCCACAUCUCAUGAACAAACCCUGGUACUACGGCACUGUCACCCGCAACCAGUGCGACAGUUUACUCAACCAGCACGGCCACGAUGGCGAUUUUCUCAUUAGAGUCAGCGAAACAAAUAUGGGUGAUUAUUCGGUGUCGCUGAAGGCGCCCGGACGCAACAAACACUUCCGGGUGCACGUUGAGGGCGCUCUUUAUUGCAUCGGGCAGAGGAAGUUCCACACACUGGACCAGCUGGUGGACCAUUACCAGAGGGCGCCCAUAUACACUAACAAGCAGGGCGAGAAGCUAUACCUGGUGCGGCCACUGCCAAAACCCGGAAAUGGAUAAUCGGAAGGCGCGACGUAGCGAAGUGACGCGAGGCGACGGCGCAGUCCCUCCUCCACACCGCCCACCAAACAAAACAUAAACAAAGCAAAAUAAACACAAUUUGGGCCGCGCGCGGUUUUAAGAGAAAAAGGCAGAACAAAAUACGGAAAUAUUAGCUUGUGUAUUUCAUGAUUUAGGGUACAACAUUUUUUCAGUUUUAUUUCUUUUUUGAUACAUACUAUAUACAUAUAUAUAAUUUUUAACAUUUUAUAUACAGGGUGUCCGCGCCUUUUCUGUGAAUUUUU